GGACAUGGGCGAGCACCCCAGCCCGGGCCCCGCCGUGGCCGCCUGCGCCGAGGCGGAACGCAUCGAGGAGCUGGGACCUGAGGCCGACGAGCGGCCGCCCGCGGCGCCUGAGGACCACUGGAAAGUCCUGUUUGAUCAGUUUGACCCUGGGAACACGGGCUACAUCAGCGCGGGCAAGUUCCGGAGCCUUCUGGAGAGCCACAGCUCCAAGCUGGACCCACACAAAAGGGAGGUGCUCCUGGCUCUCGCCGAUAGCCACGCGGAUGGGCAGAUCUGCUACCAGGACUUUGUCAGCCUGAUGAGCAACAAGCGGUCCAACAGCUUCCGCCAGGCCAUCCUGCAGGGGAACCGCAGGCUCUGCAGCAAGGCCCUUCUGGAGGAGAAGGGCCUCAACCUCUCCCAGCGCCUGAUCCGCCACGUGGCCUACGAGACCUUGCCCCGGGAGAUUGACCGAAAGUGGUACUACGACAGCUACACCUGCUGCCCCCCGCCCUGGUUCAUGAUCACAGUCACACUGCUGGAGGUUGCCUUUUUCCUCUACAACGGGGUGUCACUGAAUCAGUUUGUGCUCCAGGUAACCCACCCACGAUACUUGAAGAACUCACUGGUGUACCACCCUCAGCUCCGAGCACAGGCUUGGCGCUACCUGACCUACAUCUUCAUGCAUGCAGGGAUUGAACACCUAGGUCUCAAUGUGGUGCUGCAGCUCCUGGUGGGGGUGCCCCUGGAGAUGGUGCAUGGAGCAACCCGCAUUGCGCUAGUGUAUGUGGCUGGUGUUGUGGCAGGUUCCUUGGCAGUGUCUGUGGCUGACAUGACUGCACCAGUCGUGGGCUCCUCAGGAGGAGUGUAUGCACUCGUCUCUGCCCAUCUAGCCAAUAUUGUGAUGAACUGGUCAGGCAUGAAGUGCCAGUUCAAGCUGCUGCGCAUGGGUGUGGCCUUGAUCUGUAUGAGCAUGGAGUUUGGACGGGCCGUGUGGCUCCGAUUCCACCCAUCAGCCUAUCCCCCAUGCCCUCACCCGAGCUUCGUGGCACACUUGGGUGGCGUGGCUGUGGGCAUCACCCUGGGCCUGGUGGUCCUGAGGAACUACGAGCAGCGGCUUCAGGACCAGACGCUGUGGUGGAUUUUUGUUGCCAUGUACACCAUCUUUGUGCUGUUUGCUGUCUUCUGGAACAUCUUUGCCUACACUCUGCUGGACUUAAAGUUGCCACCACCCCCUUAAGGGGCUGGAGGACUGAGAGUGGGGGAGGGAGGGCAGGGAGAAGCAGCAUCAGAAAGGUGUGUCUGUUCAUUUUUACAUCACCAGCUCAGUGAGGCCAGAAGACAGGGACCAGAGAUGCUGGAACAUUAUAGUAUUUAUGUUCAGACUUGAACAGAGAGUAAAUGUCCUUUUAUGAAAAGUACAUGCUGGAGGAGUUGGGUGCUGCUACUGUUGUUUUCCUAGGCUGUUCUGAUGUCGUCAGGCUGUGGUGCAUGUGAGUGUGGUCUGCCAUAUGUUCAGAGGUCCCUUCCCUUGUCACAGAUGGAGAACAGCAGCCUUCUCCUUCAUCCCCUACCCUGAGAGACCCUAAAAGAAGAAGGCCUGAGGGUAUAGGAACCAGGCAGGCCCUUGUCUGGUCCAGAAGUUGUUACAAACUAUUGGAGUUCUGAAGUAGGUCUGGUCUGGACGGCCUCAUGUUUGACAUGCCAGCAUUGGUCUGGGGGAGGCCAGAGUAUGCCCCUGUGUCUGCUGGCUGUCUUUAGCGGUAGUAUGUGCAGAGGAGGAAGAUGCUCUAACUCCCGGCCUCAACCUUGCCCUGGGGAUACCCAGAGAUGAACCCAAACAGGAGAGAAUAAACUUCGUUCCUAGUUCCACGCUGUCAGCUGUGUCUAAAAACUUUUGUGAUCUGUUUCACACACACCUCAGACAACACCCUCUCCCAACCAUGGCUUCCAAGCAAGGUUGUCCAGUGGUGACAACAGUCAUUUUGCUAGACCCAGGUCUCCAGCCCCAAGCCAGAGAGAGAUCUCUGGUGAGAGAGGUUUGCUUUUUGUUGUCUGACUUCCUGCUCAGCAGAUCCCUUUGUUCCAGUGUUCCCAGCAUCUUGCCACUAGCUCCCUCCCAGCCCUGAUUACUCUUCUACCCUUGUCCAAUGCUCCCUGGAAAGCAGAGGCUGGUAUAACUCUUCAGGCUGUGGAGGGAGAGCAGCAUUGCCUCCACAGGAAACAGGAACUAAAAGCAGGGGAUUCCCCAAACUGCAUAGACUUGCUCCCUUGUUUAAAAGGAAGAGGAGUCAUAGAAACUAGGGAGAGGAAAACAACCCUUCAAAGGAGAAAUUUGGCUUUAAUGACACCAUUAAUCAUUCGUUUUUUAAUUAGGAAAGGCUCCCUAAUGAGGCUCUUUUGACAGCCAAGAGAACUCUCAAUUUCCAUGAGAAUCAUUCUUGCCCAGAAAACUGGGGGAGUCAUCAUUCAGCAAGCUCAUAUCUUCCUUCUGUGCCCAGUUUUGUUUGCAAAUAAUGCAGAUUCCUGAGUGCAAUGGAAACCCCUUUCUAGCAUUGUAAGUGUUGUAAGUGCUGACUGGAAAGCACCCAUACUCCUCUGCCUUAAAAUAACAGUGCCCCACACUGAACUCCCCCGUAAAGACUUGAGUAAGUGGAAAAACAAAACAAGCUGCAAUGUUUGUUUCUAAAUAUUUUUGUAUUGUGUACAUUCUGUAUAUUUUUGUUGUAACAUAUUAUUUGAGCACAGAUUCCAUUAAAGAUUUUUUUUAAGCCA